AUGUGGUCUGCGUCGUCUGGCCGACUGGGCACCGUGCACGUUACUCUUUCAGAGUCAUAUUUUCAAGACGUCAGCGGACGAACAAGCCACAAUAAGAACACUCCAUUCACACAGGAAUUCGACACAGCUUAUCCGUUCGAGACAAUUCUAGCCAUUCUCAUAGCAAUCAUCUCACGCCUACAUCUACCUCCUGAGCUUGCGGGCACACGAAAACUAGCACCACACCCAGUUCGCAACGCAAUGGCAUCCGACGACAAUUUCGGGCCUGGCAAGCACUUCCGCAACCGCGCUGAGUACGAGGCCGCCUGGGCGGAAUUCGAUCGAGCACGAAGCUUUGAAGAUGAUGACGACGAAGAAGACGAAGAUGGAGGUCCUUCGUUCAUCCCCCGAUCAGAUCCCAAUGAUCCAAGCAGAAUCUUCCUCCGUCCAGCUCCUCGCUCUCCUGAUGCUCUUCUCCGCAACCUCUCCUUGACAGACGAGCAGAGACGACAGCAACUCCAGCCGCCAUCAAUUCCCACUCCCGCAGUCGUUCGUCCGGCCCCGAAGCACUUUCGACAAAUCAUACCACUGCCCCCUCGCCCUCCCGCGAGCGUUCAUCCGUCCCAGAAGCACUUUCGAGAACCCAUACCACUGCCUCCUCGCCCCACCGCCGCCGGAGUGCCAGGUCAGACUCCUUCGAACCGUUCAGGAAGACAGCAGUAUUUUUCCCAUGCGAUACCGAUUGUUGCGCCUCCCAGUGGACCACGCUCAAACCUCCCUUCCGCCCCUGCCCUGACGAUCCAGACUUCGCUACCACCACCACCACCACCACCACCACCGCCACCACAAGCACCGAGAACAAAACGCACCAAGAGGUCGAAUAAUUUCAUGCGCCUUCCUCGGGAAUACCCACGACCCAAUCCGCAGCAAUUUGGAGACAACAACACCGGAGCUUUAAUACCAUACACCUCCCAAGCCAUCCGACAUGUACCUUCUCAUCCCUCCCACCAUCCUCUCCCACCACCAAAUUCCCUCGUGCAGGCCCCAUAUAGCGACAGAAUAAAUCCAACCGCUCCAGCAAACCCAGUCGUCCAGGAAGAAGAUGCUCUCUCAUCACCAGAAGAGCUACGACGACGCGACGAGGAGACUUUUACAAGUAGUAGUAAUAACCGUGAAGCAGAAUCUUUUUCUGCCCUCGAACGACAGACCGAUUCCAGCUCGAGUACGUAUGAUACUGCUUCCGAAGACGUUCGAGGUCGCAGGGCUGGUUGGGGGGAGAUUUUGCCGGGAGAGGAGAGUUGGGCUGCGAAGAGGGGUGGGAGGGGGAUGUGA